GCCGCACCGCCUCUUUCCAGGCCGUCGCUCUCAGCCCCAGGAGCAAAGUCUGGCCGCGCCGCCCAUGGUGCUGCUCGAGAGAGCCAUGGCCACUUUCCGCUUGGCCCUCAUCCAACUUCAGGUUUCUUCCAUCAAAUCAGAUAAUGUCACUAGAGCUUGUGGCCUCAUCCGGGAGGCAGCAACACAAGGAGCCAAGAUCGUUUCUCUGCCGGAAUGCUUUAAUUGUCCAUAUGGCACGAAAUAUUUUCCCGAAUAUGCUGAGAAAAUUCCUGGUGAAUCCACACAGAAGCUUUCCGAAGUAGCAAAGGAGUGCAGCGUGUAUCUCAUUGGAGGUUCUAUUCCUGAAGAGGAUGCUGGGAAAUUCUAUAACACCUGUGCCGUGUUGGGGCCUGAUGGAACUUUACUGGUAAAGUACAGAAAGCUCCACCUGUUUGAUAUUGAUGUCCCGGGGAAAAUUACAUUUCAAGAAUCUCAAACGUUGAGUCCUGGUGAUAGUUUCUCCACAUUUGAUACUCCUUACUGCAGAGUGGGCCUGGGCAUUUGCUACGACAUCCGCUUCGCAGAGCUUGCCCAGAUCUACGCGCAGAGAGGCUGCCAGCUGUUGGUAUAUCCUGGAGCUUUUAAUCUGACCACUGGACCAGCCCAUUGGGAGCUGCUUCAACGAGGCCGGGCUGUUGAUAAUCAGGUGUAUGUGGCCACGGCAUCUCCUGCCCGGGACGAUCAGGCCUCCUAUGUCGCCUGGGGACACAGCACUGUUGUGAGUCCUUGGGGAGACGUCCUUGCCAAGGCUGGCACCGAGGAGACUGUCGUGUAUUCAGACAUAGAUCUGAAGAAGUUGGCUGAAAUACGUCAGCAGAUCCCCAUUUUUAGCCAGAAGCGAUCAGACCUUUAUGCAGUGGAGGCGAAAAAGCCCUAAGGUUUAUGCUUCUGACGUGUCAUGAAAAACAGGAGGAUGUUUCUGCAACAUAAUCAACUCCCUGUUGAAUUCCUUAAGGAGAUUUUUUUUCCUUCUAAUUUCCUUUCUUGGGAACUCUCUGUUGAGAAGAUGGAGCAUCAGCACAUGGUAUUUUUCACACCAUAUUAGAUAGUUAAAAAAGGCUCAGGCUGGCUUUGCGAGCAGAAGGAAGAAGAGAUGGCUGAACGCCUCCCAUAUGGAGUUGCUUCAUAGCAGUUGGUGAAAGUAUCCGAUCUUGGGAUCUUGGUGGUUGCUUCACCUGGUGCAAAUACAUUUGUGCCACACGCCUCUCAUCUCACUGCUGGAGCUAGACUCCAUUACGUAGAAAACUUGGUCUCCUACUACUCUGUUUUGAGCAGGACUUAAUGUUUUUAGCCUGUGAGCAGCUCUGGAAAGCAAGGUUGUGAGCCCUUGGCAUUUGCUGGAGGAGAUGGCAGUCCCGUCCCUUCCCAGCAGCCUUGGGGCGCUUCAAAUUCAAGAAGGAGCCAGUGAAUCAACCCCAGACCCUUCUGGUCUUAGAGGAAAGGUAAGGUCAGCAGGGCAUCCCAUGGGAGAGUGGCAGUGGUGGCAUUUGGUCAAUGCCACUAAAGUAUGAGUCUUUGCAAAAGAUUUUCUUGAUGGGUGAGUGUCUGAAAAUCUGUCUUACUGCUUUUCUUCCAGUAACACUUUCCAGCUUGAUAAAGGCAAGCUAGUGGUUUUAACCUAGUGGUUUUCAGAAUCCUUUUGCACAAUUAAAAACUGAGAAUUCCAAUCAACUUUGUUUUAAUGUAUAUUAUAGAUGGUGGUAGGCUAAUAAGUGUUUAACAACCAGCUGUCGAAAGAAGGGAAGGAAAGAAGGAAGGAAGAAAGGAAGAGAUAUUUAUUAUACUGGAAAAUAAAACAAAAUCUUAAAAUUGUAAAAGAAUGCACGAGCACACAGUCUGUUAGCUGUGAGAGUGAUGUUAUCAUGUGUCAUUUAACCCUUGGAAACCGGCAUUGUACACUCAGAGCAGUACGAGAGUGAAAAAGGCAAAUAACAUUUUAAAAUUAAGUGUAGAAUCUGGUAAAAUUGGACACAUGUAUACAUCCAUGAAAGCGCUCUAAUCAAGACCAUGAAUCUGCCCCCAGAGUUCUCUUGUGCUGUGAUCCCUUCAGCCACUCUCCUCCUCCCCAGGCACUCGCUGACCAGCGCUGUCACUGCAGAUUAGUUUGAAUUUUCUGUAAUUACCCAAAAGUGCAAUCAUGCCAUAUGAAUACUUUUUUUUUUUUAACCUUCUUUCACUCACCAUAGUUACUGGGGGGGAUUCAUUCCUGUGUGUAUCACUCAUUUCGUUUUUAUUGCUCAGAUGGGGUCCGCCGUAUGGGUACGCUAUAGUUUAUUCACCUGUUGAUAGACAUAUGACUCUCUAGUGUUUAGCUGUUAGAAAUAAAGCUGCUAGAAACAUUUUGUACAAAGUGUUCAUUUUCCUGAGUAAACAUCUAGGAGUGGAAUGACUGUGGAAUGACAGGGUCCUGUGCGUAUUUCACUGCCAGGCUGUUUUCCUGAGUGGCUGUGCCGUUUUAUUUCAUUACCGUCAGUCUGUCCGCGUCGCAGUUGCUCCACGUCCUCACCGAUACUUGGUGUGGUAAUGUGUUAAUUCUAGCUCUUUUAAUGUGCAUGUAAUGUUAUUUCAUUGUGGUUCUACUUUGUAUUCCCCGGAUGAUUAAUAAUCCUGAGCAUCUUUUCGUGUGCUUUGCUGUCUAUGUAUCCUUUUGGGUGAAGUGUCCCUUCAUGUCUUUUCCCCGUAUUGUAGUUCGGUUAUUUAUCCUUGUAUUGAUCAGUAAGAGUUCCUUAUAUACUCCAGAUGAAAACCUUCUGUCACAUAUUGUGUUUUACAAAUAUAUUCUCCAAGUAUGAGCGGAAAAAA